GACUAGAUGUGUUCCCACAGGAAAUGAGGUGAUUGCAGUAGACUGGAAGGGACUGAAAGAUGUGGACCAAAUCAAUAUGGACAGCACCAGUUCACUACAUGGCAGCAGCUUCCAUCGUCCUUCUACUGAGCAAACACGGACAGAUUUCUCCUGGGAUGGUAUCAAUGAGUUUGUAGAAAGUGUAUCUAUCAUUUUCAGCUGUAUACAGAAAGAGCUGGAACAGGGCAGCAUGUCCAUGGAGGAUUGGAAGCAGCCAAAGGGAGGCUUCUCACAGCCUGAUUCUGCCUCUGCCACUGACCUUACCUCAUUCAGUACCACACUCUCCAUGGAAGAUACAACCUCCAUUCUCCCCAAGCUGAAACGUAACUCCAAUGCUUAUGGGAUUGGGGCUUUGGCUAAAUCAUCUUUCUCUGGGAUAUCCCGCAGCAUGAAGGACCAUGUUACAAAGCCAACGGCUAUGGGCCAAGGCCGUGUGGCUCACAUGAUUGAAUGGCAAGGUUGGGGUAAAGGUAACAGCCAGCAGCAACAGCAUACGCAUGAGACGGCACGCAAAGAUGCUGACGCCUACUCAGACCUGAGUGACGGUGAAAAGGAGGCCCGGUUCCUUGCAGGAGUGAUGGAGCAAUUUGCCAUAUCAGAGGCGACUCUCAUGGCCUGGUCCUCCAUGGAUGGUGAGGAUGUGAGUGUAAACUCUAAUCAGGAGAAUCCAGCGGGCAAUUACUCUGAAAAUUAUCAGGAACUAAUGGAGAGCCAAGAGCACAUGGCCCAGACGCAGUAUGAUAGCUGGCCUCAUUCCUAUGUCUCACAGGGCAUGUAUUGCUUAGGUUCAUCUGAUGCCUGGGAGACCAGUGAUCAGUCCCUCAUUGCUUCCCCAGCAACUGGCUCCUACUUAGGCCAGAAUUUUGAUGAGUCGCAGACAAACCUUCAGGAAAGUAUUUUGAUUCAGAGCAGCCUUCUCCAGCAGCAACAGCUGCAGCAACAGCAGCAGGAGCAAAACUUCAUCCAGAGCACGGGGCUGGUCCAUGUGUGGCCUCUGCAGACUGCACAGGGUGGGAGUGGGGCUGAAUCCAGCACUUACAUGGAGGACCACCUUGAGGAUAAUGGGAACCCACGGCUGGAGAAGGCUCCUCUCCUAAACAAGAAGCCCUCUCCAGAGGAGGAUGAUGUAGUAUGCCGGGACCUGGAAUCGCUGUCUCCUCGAGAGGAGAUGGAACAUGCUGCGUUGAGCCGCAAAGUCUCUGAUGUAACCUCUUCUGGGGUGCAGUCUUUUGAUGAGGAAGAGGGAGAAACAAACAACUGAUGCUUUUUGUGAAAUUCUCAUCACUGCUGAACAAAGAGUGGGGUGGCAAGGAAUGAAAUGACAGGGAUUAUUCUCUCCAGCUCCCCAUACUUUCAAGCAGACACACUUUCAGUUUCUGACAUUUAAUUAUUUUUUCAAACAAGAGGAAAAUCUCAAAGUGAUUGACACAUGAAGACCUCUUCUUUCCCUCUACAAUGAACACAUCUUCAAUUUUCAUUGCUCUGAGCAAUGCACCUGAGGUGCUUGGAGAGAUCUGGAUUGGUAAAUCAUUUCUAAAUCUUUUAAAUACGAAGUCUUGGCUCUGGAUUCAAACUCUUCUGGUAUAGGGAUGUGGCUGAUGAGAUAGGCUUGAUAUAGGGAGUGGCUUUGUGGCUAGGAUCCCUUCUGACAAAAUGGAUAUUGCUUUGUGGACAUGAUGUUUUUGAUAGAAUAUAUGAAUAUGGACUGUUUUAAAAUGAAGAUAUGGCUUUACAAAUAUAGAUUGCACUAGUAUAGUGAUUGUGGCUGCUACAGAGAAUAAGGCUGUAUUCAAUACAGACUGUACUGAGAUGAAGGAUUCACUGUGUAACCAGAUCCUCAAUAGCACCUUGAUAUGAAAUUGUAGGCUCAGUGGAUACAGACUGCGCUCCAUGGGCUGUGCUGCAGUACAGACGGUCUGGCUCUGUGUGCAUGGCUGUACUGUGGCAUGGAGGAAUGAGUGCAGAUAUGUAUCUAACCCUGCUCUGAGAUACUCAUGCCUUGGUUUCUUCGUAGUCUUUAUUUGUUUCUCUCUUUGACAUUUCUAUCUUCCCAGGAGCUGGCAGGAAUGCUGUGUCCUUUUGGCAUUGGGCACCAAAUAUCAGUAGAAAGGACUUUAUCAGCUACUGAGUCAGUCACCAAGAGCUGACUCUUGUGGGGGGCUUGAGAACAUGUCCAUCUUGGUGCUGCUGCAGCAUCCUUAUGUCUUUUCCUUUGCCAGCAGCAUUGGCAGACCAAGAGAGUCUGCAAAUCCAGGAAUAGCAUGUACAGCUAUGAGAUCACAGAUUUCCAGUUUACACUGGAAUUUUCAGUUGUUGCUUUUUAAAAAAAAAAUGUUUUAUAUUGCUGUUUAAGUGUUCCUAAAAAAGCAGUUAGUAGUGGUGAAAGCCUGUACUCCUGUUGUUACUUAUUAUAAAUUCUGCACCUUUCCCAUUUCUGCUACUCCUUCUGCAGUGCCAAACAUAGAUGGAGGAAAGGGGCUAGAGACAAAGUUUCUUCCUAUUUCUUUCCUCUCCUUACUUAUAUUUUUUCUUUUGUUUUCCUACCUUCAGACAAUGUAAAUAACAGUCAACAGCUUGGUCUGUUUCUUUUGUCAUCUCUGCUCUUUUUUUUAGGAGUGGAGAAAGCUGAUUUUAUAAGUUUUUUUUCUAUUUGUUUAGCUCUAUUUUUUCUUUUUUUUGUUAAAAAAAAAUUACAGUUCGUUGACUAGUGGGAAUUUGGUCUCUCACAGUUUCUCACUGUGUUUCUAUGGACCUCCUUUUGAAGGGAAAGGUCUUUGUAAGGUAACUGAAAAACUGUUGUCUUCUAAGCUUUCACCAGAAAACAAAUGGGAACAGAAAAAAAAAAACAAAUAAAAUUGUACAAGGCUAUUGAUUUUGCUAGAGAGCUGAACAGAACACUAGAAAUUACACACGUUGAGUUUUAAUUGCAAUAUCUCUAGGAACAAAGCAUCAGCAAAGCAUGGGUUUGGAUGGAAUACUAGAUCUGAUGAGCUAGAGGAAGGAAUUUGUCUGGACACUGCCCUACUGUGCCAGGGGCAUCUCUUUUCCACUUUCUCUGAUUCAUACCUACUCUGUUCAAUUCAUCAAGUGUUUGUCUUCCUUGCCUCCUCUUCAGGCUUGUAUUUUUGGAUUACAGGAGAAUAAGUGCUCACUUCCUGAUUCAGCUUUAGACUCAUCAAGAAUGUCUAAAGAGAGUGAAAUGUGACCAAAAUAGCAUCAUCAGAUGUCAGAGUUCAGACAGCUCCUGGCAAGCAAUGUUGCCUAUGUCCAGGAAUUAUGAAAAGUACAAAUGGGACUCUCAGGUAAAACUUUAUCCCACCCAGCUUUCUCUCACAUUGGCAGCUGUAUGAAGAGGGAACUCUAAGAACUCCCAGGUCUUUCCAGCCCUCACCAUUUCAAGAGGCUCUGUCUUCCCUCUCUGUUGUUGCUCUAACAGAAAAGACCUCUGGGAUUUUUAAGUAAGAUUGAUAAUUUGGUAUAGGUAAGAGAUAAAAACUUUUGUGACUUUUUUUUUAGUCAAUUUCCUUGGGUUUUCUUAAAUCUGUCUUAGGAGGUAGCUCUUCUCCUGAAUGAUGGACUUUAAAUUUCUCUGUGCAGAUGUUUACACAUUCAAGUGCUAACUUCCCCUGGGCAGCAGCACUUGUUGAAGAUGAUUAACAGUUCUUUCAGGGUCUCUGCUAGCUCAUUUUCCUGAACUGGCUUUGAUCUAGUCGUGGAUCAGGGCCCAGGAAAUCACACUAACUGGAGCAGGGGACAGGGCAAGUGCCAAGGGCACCUCAGCAGAGGACAAAUGAGGAAAUGUUAAUCCUUUGUUACUUACUUUAAAAAAAAAAA